AUGAAUCGUCAACUUGCUUCACGCAUUCUGCUUCAAUCGUCAUGGCAGGGAGCAUUGCGUCGCUCAUUUGCUUUGAGUUCCUCUUGUCGUCGUUUUUGCACCAAUGUUGAAAACCACCAGCGUCAUUCAAGCACUCACCACCCUAACAACAAAAGCCAUCCUAUAUCGUCAUCCAGCCCAAUAACAUCAGCAGCGACUCGAUAUCGCCCAGUGUCGUUUUAUCGAUUAACGCCGCUAUCAAAAGAACGGGUGGAACAAUUACGAAAGCAGAUCUUUGAUCAAUUGACAACAUGGGGUGUGGUGGGUCGAAUUUAUUUGGCACCUGAGCAAGGCAUCAGUGGCAUCAACUGUCAGAUUGCAGCACCUAUUCAUAUGUUGCCAAUGGUGCGCCAAUUCUUUGAUGGCUUGGAUAUGGGUCAGAUUGAAUACACUGAAGGCCUUGAAGACUUGGAUACACCUUGUUUCAGAAAACUACGUGUGAUGAUCAAGAAAAAUCUUGUAGCAAUCAAGGAUGUAUUGCCAGCCAAUGAAAUCGAAAUACAAAAAGAACAGCACCUGGACCCAGAAGAGUGGCAUCGCCAAUUGAGUGAAAAAGGAUCAGACGCUAUAUUAGUGGAUAUGCGCAAUCACUAUGAAUACGAUAUUGGCAGAUUCGAUCAUGCAAUCAAGAUGGACGUUGACACUUUCCGGGAGGGAUUGGAUGAGCUAGAACGGAUGAUGCUAGCAAGGCCGGAUAAGGAAGUUUACAUGUAUUGCACAGGCGGCAUUCGAUGCACAGCGACAUCGUCGUACUUUGCAAACAAAGGGAUCGGCAAGAAUCUUAAAAUGCUCAAGGGAGGGAUCACAGCUUAUGGACAAUAUAUACGACAAAAUCCAAAGGAGCAAUCAUUGUUUCGCGGGAAGAACUUUACGUUUGACGAUAGGCGAGGCGAACGUGUUACACACGAUGUAUUGGCGAGAUGCUUUCAAUGUGGUGCACCAUGCGAUGUGCUGCAUAACUGUGCGAAUACCCAAUGUCAUUUAUUGUUCGUUCAAUGUGAUGUAUGCAGGACAAGGAUGAACAAGACAUGCAGCGAUUUAUGUCGUCAAGUAUUGGAGGGAAAGAGGACCUGGAACAUGGAAUAUGAUUACCAUCGACAAAUCAGGCCGUCACUCUUGUGUAAUGAAUAA